AUGAUUUCUUCCAUAACUCACACACUUCUAAACUUUCCUCCCUCUCAGACCUGUCAACAAACGUGUUCAGUUUACACACCACCAACAACAGCGUCGACAAAUAAUGCCUUAAGAAUUUUUCUUAUCCAAACUGCAUUAGGUCUUUUUAAUACUUCGGGUGGGUAUAAAGCGAAUUAUUAUUUAAUGUCAUCUUUAGCAGAACGAGGACAUGCCUGUCGAUCAAUCGUUGUUUGCCCAAAGAAGGAUAUCCUUUCUGCCCGAGUUGCAUUUACCGAAGAAAAAAUAUGUUUUGGUGGUGAAACAAAUGAAGUUUUUGUAUAUCGAUUCGUAUGGGGUAAAAUAGAAAUUAUUGGUCUUGAACUUGAACAAUAUUUAAAGAUUUUCCCUCGAAGUUCAAUUUCACAACCACUUAAGGAAGUUGAAGAUCGAAUGGAACGUUGGUUGGAGGACAGAGAAAAUGCACAGGAAUAUGACGCAUAUCUUCAAUUUAUAACGAAGGAACUCUUCACUUUUCGUACGACACAUUUCUUAUUUAACGAUUCGGUUUCACUUAAAAUUGCAUCAACUUUACCUCCAAUUAUUACUCGAGUAUUUAUCUGUCACGCUUGUGAACAUCUUUCAUUUGGACCAUAUGGAGGGGUACCAGGAUUUGGUAGUUCAUCGUCUCCUAUCGAAUUUAAAUGGUUAAAAGAAAUUGAAGGGAUUUGGGCAGUAAGUCAAGCAGUUAAGGGAUAUAUAGAAAUUUAUGGUAAAGGACUUUCUCCUACUUAUCUUCCAUUACAUCCAGCAAUCUUUGGAGAACCACCGUUCAAGAUGUAUCAUAAUUUUGAUGCGCCGUACAUCUUAGCGAUUAAUCCUGGAAGUGUAAAAGGUUUCGUUAUUUUUCGAGAGUUGGCAGAAAAAAUGAAGGAUAUUAAAUUCGCAGCUGUUAAAAGUUGGAGCAUAAGUGAAUAUCAAUUGGAACAAUUAUCUAAACUUCCAAAUGUUGAGAUAUUGUCAAUGUUCAAAAAUAUGAAUGAAUUAUGGCCUUUGGUUAAAGUUCUCUUGGUACCAUCCAUUUGGUAUGAAGCAUUUGGACUUGUGGUCGUGGAAGCAAUGUUACGAGGUAUUCCAGUAAUUUGUUCCGAUGUAGGAGGAAUACCUGAAGCCAAAUGUGGGGUUAAUUUUGGGACAAUACAUGUAAACCUUAUUAAAGGUGAACGAGAAACAGAUCCUGAGACCUUGAAAAGAAUGGGAAUUUAUAGAAUUCCACCUCAAAAUAUUGAACCAUGGAUUGAAUCAAUUAGAUAUUUAUUAAGUAAUCGAGAAACUUAUGAAAAGAUUAGUCAAGAAUGUUAUGAGAAAGCUACGAAAUUUGUAAAAAGUAUUGAUGUCGAAAUAUAUGAAAGAUGGUUAAUAGAGAUAAAACAAAAGACAUUAUUAAAUGGGAAAAUAAUUAAAAUGAACUGA